CUGGCGGUGCCAUAGAGAUGCGCCGAGUUUGGCUAGAGCGUCGUUAGGCCAGCCGGCUUUCUCUUCGUUAGUUCUCCUUUCCAACAUGGCGCAGUCGAUUAACAUCACGGAGCUGAGUCUGCCACAGCUGGAAAUGCUCAAGAACCAGCUGGACCAGGAAGUGGAGUUCUUGUCCACGUCCAUUGCCCAACUCAAGGUGGUACAGACCAAGUAUGUGGAAGCCAAGGACUGUCUGAACGUGCUGAACAAGAGCAACGAGGGAAAAGAAUUACUGGUUCCACUGACGAGUUCUAUGUAUGUCCCCGGGAAGCUACAUGAUGUGGAGCAUGUGCUCAUCGAUGUGGGAACUGGCUACUAUGUAGAGAAGACAGCUGAGGAUGCCAAGGACUUUUUCAAAAGGAAGAUAGACUUCCUUACCAAGCAGAUGGAGAAAAUCCAGCCAGCUCUGCAGGAGAAGCAUGCCAUGAAACAAGCUGUCAUGGAAAUGAUGAGCCAGAAGAUUCAGCAGCUCACAGCCCUGGGGGCAACUCAGGCUGCUGCCAAGGCCUGAGAGUAUGUUGCCUAAAUGAGAGUUGGAGGGACCCUGUUUCUAGGGGCAUGGGACUUUGUAGGCAAUGCCUUCUGGUGUCUGGAAGGGAAUCUUGUGUUUAAUGUUAAUAAAUGUGCAAGUGAGAAAAUGG